AUGGAGCUGAACGUGCGGAAGCUGUGGGAGCAUCCCGACCCCCAGAGGACAGCAAUGUGGCAGUUCAUGCAAGAUGCCAACCGAAAGUACCAUCGCCAGCUCGAGACGUUUGACGACUUGUACCGGUGGAGCUGCCGUCAUCGCGGCGAGUUCUACGGCCAGCUAUGGGAGUCCCAACGCUUCAUCCACGAAGGUUCCUACACCGAGGUUGUCGACGAGUCCGUUCCCAUCUCCAUGCUCCCCCGAUGGUUCGCGGGCAUCCGUCUCAACUGGGCAGAAAACUUUCUCUGGAGCGGCGACGGGCGGGAGGGAUCGGCACCAGACACCCGGUCCACGCUGCACAAGGAGGAUGGCAAGGUCGCCCUCACCGAGGUCCGCGAGGGAAAUUCGGAGAUCAAUAAGGUGACUUGGGGUGAGCUGAGGCGGAGAGUGGCCACCAUGGCGAGCGCCCUGCAUCAGAGGGGUCUCGGCGAGGGCGAUCGCGUCGUCGUCGUCGGCGCCCACGCGGCCGAGACGCUUGUCGUCUUCCUCGCCACCACCUGGCUGGGCGCCAUCUUCAGCAGCAGCUCGACCGACAUGGGCCUCGGCGGCUUGCUGCAAAGGACCGUUCAGAUCAACCCCAAGUUCAUCUUCUUCGACGACGCAGCCUUGUACGGCGGGAAAAUCAUCGACCUGCGCGAAAAGAUCGAGGGCAUGGUGGACGGCAUGAAGGGCUGCGACCAGUUCCAGCGCAUGGUCGUCAUCCCACGCUUCCCCGACCGACCCUCCGACACGUCCGCUCUGCCGAGGACGGAGAAUCUUGAAGAAUUUCUCGAGACGGCAGCACAGACGCCGCCGCCCAUUCGUCGCAUCGGCUUCCAAGACCCCAUGGUCAUCUACUACUCCUCCGGCACGACCGGUACCCCCAAGGCCAUCGUUCACGGCGUCGGCCCCCUGCUGCUCAGCACGCAGAAGGAAGCGAUCCUGCACCGAGAUCUCAAGCCGCAAGACGUCGGGCUGCAGUACACGACAACUGGCUGGAUCAUGUACCUCGCCAGCGUCGCCCACAUGAUCAUGGGAGGUAGCGCCGUCCUAUACGACGGCUCGCCGUUUCUUCCCGACCACGCCGUGCUUCUGAGGGUGGCUGAGGAGCAGCAUGUGACGAUCCUGGGCGUCAGCCCGCGCUGGAUGACGGAGCUGAUGAAGAGAGGCAUCAUCCCCAAGGAGGCGGCAAACUUGUCGAAGCUGAAGGCGGUAACGAGCACCGGCAUGGUUCUCCCGGACCAAAUGUUUCACUGGUUCUACGACGUCGCCUUUCCGCCACAGGUGCAGCUGGGCAACAUGUCGGGAGGCACAGACAUUGCCGGGUGCUUUGUCCUGGAGAACCCUCUCAUGCCGGUCCACGUCGGCGGCUGCGUCGGUGCGUCGUUGGGAAUUGCCGUUGCCAUCUUCGAUCACGAUCUUCCCGAGGGCAGCACCGACGGCAAGCCCCUGCCAGAUGGCACGCCAGGCGACCUCGUGUCGACGGCCGCUUUCCCCAACGUGCCGCUGUUCCUCUGGGACGACUCCCGGCCGGCGCCGGGAGCCAAGUACCGUGACGCGUACUUCUCCCGCUACGGCAACGUCUGGGCCCAGGGCGACUUUUGCGUCCGCCACCCCAAGACGGGCGCUCUUUUGAUGCUCGGUCGAUCCGAUGGCGUGCUGAACCCGAGCGGAAUACGGUUCGGCAGCGCCGACGUCUACGCCGUUCUGGAGCGCUGCUUUCCCGACGACGUGGCCGAAAGUCUCUGCGUCGGCCAGCGACGGCCGCGGGACAUGGAUGAGAGGGUCGUCCUGUUCUUGGUGAUGAAGUCGGGCAAACGGCUCGACAAGAGGAUGGUGACGCGCAUCAAGGCCACGGUGGCCGAGGAGUUGACCAAGAGACAUGCGCCCCAGCCACACAACCCUUGGGCUUCAUGGCCCCAUGCGCCCUCCCCGAUGGAGACCUCAUGGAUGCAGGAUGCUGAUCAUGACAAGGUCACCGUCAACGGAAAGAAGGUGGAGCUGCCGGUCAAGAAUAUCAUCUCGGGGCGAACGGUGAAGCCGAGCGGGACGCUGCUCAACCCCAACAGUCUUGGCUUCUUUUACCAGUUUCAGAAGAUUGAGGACUUGGCAGAGCCGCAGGCGAAGCUGUAG